AUGGCGGAUCUUCAAGCAAGAAGAGAAGCAAGGAAUAGAAAAAUACUGCAAAAUCGCGAAAAGCGUAUGAAUAUUUUGUAUGGACGUAAAGAAACAGACACAGGAAAUGAUUCAACAGAAACAGACAGUCUCGCAAAAAAUUUGAUUGUUUCCGAACAAGCACAGGAAAUCAAUUCAAAUGAUAAUGUUCCAGUUGCUGAACAAAUAAAAAAAGAAGAUGCUAGUAUACCAAAUGAGCUUAGUAAUAAGAUCAGAGAACCAGACCGGGGAGCUCACAUCCUUGGCAAUACUAUAAAUAUUGGAACAGAAGGAAAUACAACCCUGCCAAGCAUGACAACCUCGGAAAGGCUUCAUUCUUCACAAUCCGAUACAGAUGGUGUACGACACAGAGCUACAAGAAACACUGUCAAAAUUCAACAAUCCUCAUUAUUGACAGAUAAUAAAAAAAUCAGUCAAGAGCCAGCAUCUGUAGAAAACUCAAAACCUGAAUCCACUUCACAGAGAUCACCACAGCAGCAAUUUAACCUCCUAAGACUGGUUGGUUGUGUGUUUAUAGCGGUUCUGUCCAGAGUUGUACUUCAAUUGGGGAUAGGUCUACUAUAUUUUCAGACGAUCAUUUUACCAUUUGCAGUUUUGCAAGGAGCAUUGUAUUACUACCGGAUGACAUUUGUUAAGGAUAUCCCCUACAAAGGAACAGCAUUGUCGAGUGCCUUGAUGUUGUGUGGAUUAAAACAAGAGAUGAUUCUCACCUACAAUAAAAUCAUGGGCAACAUAGCUGGAAUAUACGAGGACUUCUCAAUCUACCUGUUUGCAUUCUUUUUCAGCAAUAUGCUUAUCACACAAGAGGCAUCAUAAUGGUUAUUUUGUAAUAAAGAUAUUUAUAUAUAUAUAUGAACCUCCAUUAUGAGCUAAAUUAAGUAGGAAAGACUAUCGUCAGGAAACUCCUUGAAAUUACAUGGUGUAUUAGUCUAGAUUUGAAUGAAAUGUGUGGAUGAACUUAAUCUCUUAAUUUUGAAAAAAAAGUCUUUUUUACUCAUGUUUGUCAUGGUGAUGUUUUCAAGACAAAACAAUGGAGACCAGUAACUAAAAAGUUGGUCUGAGAAUUCUUUGAUAUAGAUAUUAAGAGUUCGUCAUUGUAUCUGGAGUGAUCAGUAGAGACCUGUUCCUAUGGUUUCAAUGGUUUAAAUAUAGUUAGAUACAUAUAUUCUGAAACAUUUCGGUAUUUUUGUAUAUUGAUGUGUAUUUUUUACAAUUCUAGAAAAGAAAGUUCCUAAAUUGCUUGGUAGAGAUUGGUUCCACUGUAUUAAAGAAGUACUUACUAUAUACAUUUUUACAUAUAUUAUCGGGACCACAUGCCCCCCCCCCCAAAAAAUAAAAAUGCUUAUGCUUGCAUUAUUGCCAUAUCAAUAUGUUUACAAAAAAACAUCUGCCGAAUUUUUUUUUAUUUUCAGAAACCAAUGGAAUUUUUUUAAGUGGCUGACCUGACUAGCUUAUACCACAAUUAUUUUUUUGUGUUAUGUUUUAUAAAAAAAAACCUGAGCUUGUUGUUAUUGAAUAUUUCGAAGGUUGAUAAAUUCAAUACUAUCAUCAGAAAGUGUUUCAAGUUCAGCUAGCUCUUGAUUUGUUUUGUGAUUGUCACAGAGAAUUUUGUCAAGAAAGGUUGGACAACAGUGAUUAAUGUUAAAACUAGUUUAAAAUGAAAGACAGUCCUUUCUUUUUUUUUUUUUUUUUCUUUUUUUGACCAAACAGUUUAAAGUGUUUGUAUGUGUUUUCAAUAGUUAAUCCUAUACAAUAUAGAAUUGUCGUUACCAAAAUGAUCUAAGCCGUAAUGAAAUUUAAAUUUGAUUACUGACUUAUGAACUCUGUAAACUUUUACUAUUUUGUGUAUAAUGUGUUCAAAUUAAAGUAACUGAUUUUAGCUUACAUAGCACAUUAAAAAUAACCUGCCAAAAUUGAAAA